AAGCACUGGGGAGCAACUCGCGUUCGGAGCUGCGGCGGACGGGCGGUCGGUCGGUCGGACGGAGCGAGAACGGACGUCGUUUCGCUCACUGCGCGCCGCGCUGCCCUGUGAGCGCGCCCGGCCAUGGGCCUGACAAAGCAGUACCUGCGGUACGCCGCCACGGCGGUUUUUGGAGUGAUCGCAAGCCCCAAAGCCAACGUGGUUUACGUGCAGCUGCGAGGAGAGAAGGGUCGGUACGUGGCGGUUGCUGCGUGUGAGCAUGUGUUCAUCUGGGAUAUAAGGAAAGGAGAAAAGAUAUUAAUUCUUCAGGGUAUUAAACAUGAAGUGACGUACUUGUGCUCCUCUCCCGAUGGCCGUCACCUGGCGGUUGGGUAUGAAGAUGGCUCAAUACGAAUAUUCAACAUAAUGACUGGAGAGAGCAAUGUCACUUUCAAUGGGCACAAAUCAUCAGUAUCCAUUCUUAAUUAUGAUAGUCUUGGAGCACGGCUAGUAUCUGGAUCAAAGGACACAGAAAUCAUUGUAUGGGAUAUUGUCAACGAGAGUGGUUUAUACAGACUGAAAGGGCACAAAGAUGUUAUUACACAAGCAAUGUUUCUCAAAGACAAGAACCUUCUGGUCUCCAGUUCCAAGGACACAUUUGUGAAAUGGUGGGACUUGGAUACACAACAUUGCUUCAAAACCAUGGUCGGACAUCGUAGUGAGGUGUGGGGAUUUGUAUUGCUUUCAGAGGAGAAGCGAAUAGUGACUGGAUCAUCUGACAGUGAACUCCGAGCAUGGGACAUCUGCUAUCUGGAUGAAAAGAAGGAACUUGGAGAACCAGAUAUGAAAAAGACAAAGGGUCACCUGGUACACACUGAAGAAACUGAAAGGGAGCUGAAUGAAAACCCAGAGGAGCUUAUACUGACCUGUCAGAAAGCUGGAUCCAUGCUUCGGGAUGGCAGAAAUCGUGUUGUUUCCUUCAGAGCAGAUCAAAGCAGCAAAAUUGUAGCCUGCCAUGGUACAGAUAAUGUGCUUGAGGUUUUCAUGGCCCUCAGCGAAGAGGAAGUCAAAAAAAGGAUUGAAAAAAAGCAAAAGAAAGUGAAGAAAAGGGCAAAAAAAAGGGCCGAGUCAGGCGAAGCUGAUACAGACUUGGAGAUUGCUGUGCAACAAAGCCUAGAGGAUGAGCUUGAGCGAAUCACCAAUAUUAAAGCCUCGGCAAAAAUCAGAUCGUUUGACUCUCUGUUGGCAUCAAAUGGGGAGCUGAAGGUUGUGAUGCUGCUACAGAACAACACAGUUGAGGCCUACACGCUGAAUCAUACAGUGAAGUUACCAGAGUGCACAAAGACAGCCAGGAUAACUCUUGCAGGUCACCGGACCGACAGUAGAACCCUUGCUUUCAGUUCGGACAACAUUGCGAUACUCUCUGCAUCAGCUGAGACAAUAAAGAUAUGGAACAGGUCCACUCUACAGUGUAUUAGGACCAUGGAAUGUGAAUACGCUCUCUGCUCUCUCUUUGUUCCUGGAGACAGGCAAAUAAUUAUAGGAACUAAGUCUGGGAAACUGCAGCUCUUUGAUUUGGCUUCAGGGCGUUUGUUGGAAACCAUUGAUGCCCACAAAGGAGCAGUGUGGUCCAUAUCACUGGCACCAGACCAGCGUGGAUUUGUUACUGGAAGUGCUGAUAAGGUGGUGAAAUUUUGGGAGUUUGAGUUGGUGAAGGAUGAAGAGUCUUCCCAGAAAAGGCUCUCUUUGAACCACAUCCGAAGCCUGCAGCUGGAUGACGAUAUCUUGUGUGUGAGCUACAGCCCCAAUCAGAGAAUGCUGGCAGUAUCACUGCUCGAUUGUACAGUUAAAAUAUUCUACACGGACACACUCAAGUUUUUCCUGUCUCUGUAUGGACAUAAGUUGCCCGUUCUCUGUAUGGAUAUAUCGUAUGACAGCACACUGAUAGCAACUGGUUCAGCUGACAGGAACGUGAAGAUCUGGGGAUUAGAAUUCGGUGAUUGUCACAAGUCUCUCUUCGCUCAUGAUGACAGUGUAAUGUGUUUGCGGUUUGUAGCAAAAACCCACCUCUUCUUCACUGCUGGGAAAGAUCGGAAAGUCAAACAGUGGGAUGCUGACAAGUUUGAACACAUCCAGACACUGGAAGGACAUCAUGGAGAAGUCUGGUGUCUGGCCAUCAGUCCCAAUGGAGAUCAUGUGGUUUCUUCCGCACAUGAUAAAUCUCUACGAUUGUGGGAGCGAACUAGAGAGACAAUCAUCCUGGAGGAAGAGCGAGAAAUGCAAAGAGAAGCAGAAUAUGAAGAGAGUGUGGCAAAGGAGAGUGGACCUGUGGUGCCCGGAGAGCAAGAGGGGGAGGCAGGCUUGGCCGGAAAGAAGACAAUCGAAACUGUUAAAGCUACGGAGCGCAUCAUGGAAGCGAUUGAGCUGUAUCGGGAAGAGACAACAAAAUUGGAGGAGCACAGAGAAGCUUGCAAACGUGCUGGAAAAGAGCUGCCUCCUCCUACUAACCCCAUACUGACUGCAUACGGAAACAUAUCACCAUCUCGAUAUGUCUUGGAUGUCAUUCGAAAAGUCAAAUCAAGUGAGCUAGAAGAAUCACUGCUUGUCCUUCCAUUUUCCUACACUCCUGAUCUGCUCACUCUGUUCAAUGAGUACAUCCAGCAUUCUCUAGAAGUUGAACUCAUUUGCCGAUGUCUUUUUUUCCUGCUCAGGAUUCAUUUUGGACAGAUCACUGGUAAUCAGAUGCUCCUAACAGUAAUGGACAGCUUGAGACAAAAUACAAUCGGAAAGAUCAAUGCUAUGAGGGAUGUAAUGGGCUUCAAUUUGGCAGGACUUCAGUUUCUACAGAGGGAGAUAGAAGCCAAAGAAGAUGUGACUUUCUUUGCUGAUGCAACCGAGCAAUUCAAUGAGAAGAAGAGGAAAAGAAAGAAACGGGAGAGGGUUAUUCUCACUGUUGUGUAAUGUUCAUUUAAUAUUAAUUUAAUAUUAAAUGAACACUAAACUCUAGUAUUCCUUGUGUCUCAUGUGGGAGCAGGAAGACAAAUUAUUUACAUUUGUUUUCUCAGUUCUGCUACAAUAUAAAAUCUUUCACCUCAAAUGUAUACAAAAGUAUUGAUGUUUUAAUACAAAUGCAUUGAUGUUUCAAUAAAAUCAAAUUUUUAAAACUGGA